AUGAAAGCCUUAGCCCGCAUCAACGGGCAAAGUGCCCCAACAACCAUAGCCCAGGAAGAGAAGAUUGUCAAGAAGAGCUCAUUGCAGCCGCAGCUGCUCACGACGGUGAUUCAUAUGGCCGAAGAGAUGGUCUUGGCGGAAUUCAACGGGCCUGUCCCCGUGGCGCGGAUCAAUCACUUUGCCAUCUUUGACCUGUGUGUCAAGGUCCCCAAGAACUUUGGCAAGAUCAUUGACGAGGGUGAUUUGAAGGAUGUAGUGGAGUUUAUUCCGCCCGUUGAGCUCCACGUGAUUCGUGGAAUGUCCAUGGUUGACUCUGUGCUUGACAUCAUUGUUGAAUAUUUCAAGACUUACCGCAAGAGAAAGAAGCUAUCGGAACUUAAAUGGCUGGUGCAUGCAAGGAAGGCAUUCGACGUUGUAGAUAGGGACGCAACUAUGUCGCAAUUCUUGUGGAAAGUUUGA